AUGUACGUUUUCAAAAGAGAUGGUAGAAAAGAGCCAGUGCGCUUUGACAAAAUCACUGCUAGAGUUCAAAGAUUAUGCUAUGGUUUAGACUCAAAUCAUGUUGAACCAGUUGCUAUUACUCAAAAAGUCAUUGCUGGUGUAUACCAAGGUGUCACAACCAUUGAGUUGGAUAAUUUGGCUGCUGAGACUGCUGCUACUAUGACCACCAUACACCCAGACUAUGCUGUCUUGGCAGCAAGGAUCGCGGUAUCCAAUUUGCAUAAACAAACCAUUAAAUUGUAUUCUCAGGUUUCCAAAGAUUUGUACGAAUAUAUCAACCCAGAAACUAAUCUUCACGCUCCCAUGAUUUCAAAGGAAACAUACGAUAUCAUUCAAGAGAAUGCUGAUGAAUUGAACUCAGCAAUUGUCUAUGACCGUGAUUUCAAUUACAACUAUUUUGGUUUCAAAACUUUAGAAAGAUCAUAUUUGUUACGUAUCAAUGGUAAAGUAGCUGAAAGACCACAGCAUUUGAUUAUGAGAGUUGCUAUCGGUAUACAUGGAAGAGAUAUCCCAAGAGUCAUUGAAACUUAUAACUUGAUGUCGCAAAGAUACUUUACUCAUGGUUCUCCUUGUUUGUUUAAUGCUGGUACUCCAAAACCACAAAUGUCAUCUUGUUUCUUGGUUGCAAUGAAAGAAGAUUCUAUUGAAGGUAUUUAUGACACCUUAAAAACUUGUGCUUUAAUUUCAAAGAGUGCUGGUGGUAUUGGUUUGCACAUUCACAACAUUCGUUCCACUGGUGCUUAUAUUGCUGGUACAAACGGUACUUCUAAUGGUAUUAUCCCUAUGGUUCGUGUUUUCAACAACACUGCCCGUUAUGUUGAUCAAGGUGGUAACAAGAGACCUGGUGCUUUUGCUUUGUAUCUUGAACCAUGGCACAGUGAUAUCUUUGAUUUCAUUGAGAUCAGAAAGAACCACGGUAAGGAAGAAAUUAGAGCUAGAGAUUUAUUCCCGGCCUUGUGGAUUCCAGAUUUGUUUAUGAAGAGAGUUGAACAAAAUGGUGAGUGGACAUUGUUCUCUCCAAAUGAAGCUCCAGGAUUGGCCGACACUUAUGGUGACGAGUUUGUUGAGUUGUACGAAAAAUAUGAAAGGGAAGGUCGUGGUAGAAAAACCAUCAAGGCUCAAAAGUUGUGGUACUCCAUCUUGGAAGCUCAAACCGAAACUGGUACCCCAUUCAUGUUGUAUAAGGAUGCUUGUAACACCAAGUCCAACCAGAAGAAUUUAGGUAUUAUCAAAUCUUCCAACUUGUGUUGUGAAAUUGUCGAAUACUCAGCUCCAGACGAAGUUGCUGUCUGUAACUUGGCAUCGAUUGCGUUACCUUCGUUUGUUGAACAAGAUGGUAAACACGCUUGGUACAACUUUGACAAGUUGCAUGAUGUUACCAAAGUUGUUACUCGUAACUUGAACAGAGUCAUAGACAGGAAUUAUUACCCAGUCCCUGAAGCUGAGAAAUCUAACAUGAGACACAGACCAAUUGCAUUGGGAGUCCAAGGUUUGGCUGAUGCCUUCAUGGUUUUAAGAAUCGGAUUCGAUUCCCAAGAAGCUAGAGAAUUAAACAUUCAAAUUUUCGAAACUAUCUAUCACGCUGCUGUUGAAGCUUCUAUUGAAUUGGCACAAGAAGAAGGUCCUUAUGAAACCUACCAAGGAUCACCAGCAUCCCAAGGUUUGUUACAAUAUGACUUGUGGGACAGAAAGCCUACAGAAUUAUGGGAUUGGGAUGAAUUGAAAAAAAAACUUGCCAAACAUGGUAUGAGAAACUCUUUGUUGGUGGCUCCAAUGCCAACCGCUUCCACAUCACAAAUUUUGGGUAACAAUGAAUGUUUUGAACCAUACACUUCGAACAUCUACUCCAGAAGAGUGUUGGCUGGUGAAUUCCAAAUUGUUAAUCCAUACUUGUUGAAGGAUUUGGUUGAUUUGGGUAUUUGGAACGAUGCUAUGAAGAGUAGUAUUAUUUCAAACAAUGGUUCCAUCCAAGCUUUGCCAAAUAUCCCCGAUGAAAUUAAAGCAUUGUACAAGACAGUGUGGGAAAUCUCUCAAAAGCAUAUUAUCGAUAUGGCCUCUGAUAGGGCAGCCUUCAUUGAUCAAUCACAAUCAUUAAACAUCCAUAUCAAGGACCCAACAAUGGGUAAAUUGACAAGUAUGCACUUUUAUGGAUGGAAGAAAGGAUUAAAGACUGGUAUGUACUAUUUGAGAACACAAGCCGCUUCUGCUGCUAUUCAAUUCACUAUCGAUAAAGCCAUCGCCGAAUCAGCUGGUUUGAAUGUUGCUUCUUUGCAUAAAUUAAACAGACCUAAAUAUUUGUCAAAAUCAAGAGAUGGAAGUGCUUCAACUGAUAAUUCAUUUGAAAAGAGUCCUACAACUGAACCAACGUCUUUGGAAAACUCCGUCGCCGAUUUGAAGAUCGAAGAUAAAGCUGAAAAGCUGGAAGACGCCAAGCAGGAAGGAGAAGAUUCGGAGCCUGUUGAUAAUAGAACCAUAGAGGAAAUUGAAAACGACAUCUAUAGUGCAAAAGUCAUUGCUUGUGCUAUCGACAAUCCUGAAUCGUGUACCAUGUGUUCUGGUUAA